AUGUACUAUACCUUGGACUUCACUUGCUACACGCUCUUACUGUGUACCACCACUCUUCUCUGCCCACUCACCUCCUGCUCUUCCCAAAUCUCACUAGGUUUGCUUUCAAUCCAAUAUAAGUAUAUUACCUCAUGUCAAAAGCAUCAGGCGCCGACAACGCCCAGGAUCAGCGCGCUCACAAUGAUGAACAGCCUCCCACGCAAAAUGACACCGAAGGACCCACGAAUGAGGAUGAGAUAAACGGUGAACCUUCGGUGGUGCUGCCAUCAGGGAUCUCGAACACUGGGCGUUCGCAACCAUCAGAACUUCACGUAGAGGAAAGUACCCCAACUUGAAUGUUGCACCAGACGGCGAUUUAGCUCCGAAGAUGGCGGAGAAGGACGUGGUGGAGAAGGAC